AAAGUGAACUCGACCCUGCGGGAUGAAUUUGACAGGGGGAGAGGAGGUGGUCGAGGAGGGACAGGCCAAAGAGCCCCCCGCCCUAGACCCGGCGAUAGAGGCACAGGCACAACUUCUGUUGUCCUCCGUGCCUGAGGAGACAGAUGUCGAUAUGGAGAUCGACAAUGGCCUCGGAAGUCGGACGGACACCAGAUUAUCUUUAGGACGUGUUCCGUCACAGAUGUCUCGUGCCACCAUGGUACGGACGCCGGCUGCAAGACCGACAACCCAGGGCAAAGAAAUUCACGAAAUGGUAGACGAGGAGAAUAUACUGAUCACAGAGUUAAAACAAUCUGAAUACCGAUUGGAGGAGAGUGAGGAAGUCGAAGCGUCCAAGGAGCCAGACAUUUUGGUCCUGGAAGACAAGGUUCCCGUCACAGCACGAACAGACGAGGAUGAGUACGACACAGAUUUGGAGGUAGAAGAGGAUAGUGAGGAUCUCCAUGACACAAGCGGAAGGUCCAACUACAGGAAGAUCUGUGCUCAGUUUGGUGUGGUGCCUAUAUCCUACUUUGUCCGACACAUCAUGGACCAGGAACUUGUAAUGCGUUACCAUGGUCUCGGACCUGUGGCCGCCAAGGCGAUGGCAUUAGUUCUUAGGGACAAUGUGACGUUAGAAAAGCUGAAUCUUGAUGGAAAUUGGAUAGAAGGUCCGGGAGGUGAGGCGAUGGCCCGGAUGUUGGAGGAAAACGACUAUAUAUCAGAAGUGUGUUUAUCAGACAACCGACUCGGUACCACUGGAGCCAGGAGUUUGUGUAAGAUGCUGGGUGUAAACACAGGACUGAGGAAGAUAGAUUUAUCGGAUAAUGCAUUCGAAGAUGGAGACGUCGAAUAUUUCGUAGAAAUGUUGGAAAAUAACAAGUAUUUGAAGUCGCUGGAUUUGAGUCGCAAUCGAUUUGGGGAGCAGGCUGGCGAAUUGCUAGGACCAGCUAUAGCCUCCAACGAUAUCCUCGACACCCUAGACCUUAGCUGGAACCAUCUUAGACAGAAAGGGGCGGUGUCCGUAGCACGUGGUUUAAAGGAAAAUGUGCGGCUAAAACGGUGUUCAUUGGCGUGGAACGGUUUCGGACCGGAAGGUGGUACUGCAAUCGCUGAUGCCCUUGUAACCAACAACUCUCUACAUGAAAUCGACAUCAGCGGCAACCGAUUAAACGCUGAUGUAGCCACGAAGGUAGCGAAGGCUAUAGCCGUCAACGACAACAUCCGGGUACUUAGGAUGGGAAAUAAUUUACUGACGACUAUUGGUGCGAUCGAUCUGGCUCGCUCCAUCAACGAGACCGAGAGCAGUGAAAUGGAAGAACUCGACCUCACCGAUGUUCCAGUCGAAUUUGAGUUUUUGCGAAUUUGCGAGGACAUCAAGAUGAAACGACCAAACUUCAAGGUGACACACGGCCCCAUACUGAGGUCUGGUAACACGAUGGAGGACUUAGGUAAACCAGCCAUUGACCCCUUCAAGCGGAAGGACCCCGUCAUGGUGCUACAAGAUCACAUCGUCGUCAACGACAUGAGGCUUCUAGACAUCUUAAAGAGACACGAUCCUGACGAGACCCUGCAGGUCACCCCGGAACAGUUCAUGGCCGCACUGGACGAACUGGCCGUACCAUACGACAAGCCGAAAGUAAACGAGGCUAUUGAACGCAUAGCUAAGGAACAAAAUGGACGCAUAUACUUUGGUGACUUCAUCAAACAAUUCGAACAAGCCAAUGAUGUUGUUAAAGAAGGCAACGAAGUCACGUGAUUGUAGAUGCGCGUGACGAAGAACCGCCUAUACGGCCGUAUACAUCGGUUUGUUCGUACAAAAUGUGGAACAGAAUUGAUUGUCGUGUAUGGUAGACUUGCUUGUGUCUUUACAUCACUACUCAAUUACUUUUUACAAAUAACGAUGAAAUGGGCUAGUUUUAUUAGUCCAGUUGUUCUAUAGAUAAACGCAAAAUAUUUCGGCAUAAUGAUUGACAUGUACUUUGUUAAAGUAUAAUCUGCUCUUCUUUCUCAUGAUCAGGGUAACAUUGACGCCGCAUGUCGGUGUUGUGUGGACACUACAUCUGUACAGCCAGGUGGUAUAUUAUCUGUGUUUCCUGCUGGGAAAAUACAGAAACUGGCGCUCAACGCAGUGAUGUCAUAACCCUUACUUCUUUUUGUCUCGUAAGACAGGAAACGUUGGACCUCGACACAAUAUAUGUGUUGGGACGUAUCUUUAUAUGGAAGGUAUUUCGGAUACUUUGUUAUCAUUAUUGUUCAUGAUGUGUAAAGUCUAUGCUAGUGACGGUCCUGGAAGCCAAAAUCAAGACAAUACAAUGAGAUCAUGGUACCGUAACUUUACAGCUUAAUGUCGCUAUUUCCUUAACUACUUCGCGAUGUGUACCUGUUUUACAUGUAUGUACAGUGUACAUGUGUCGUAUGUGUAUUCAUUUUCAUGUGUGUUUGUAUUCCGUAUUUAUUACUAUUUGUAAAAUGGAAAACGGUAUUUUGAUAUCAAAGUUUAUAAUAUUGAAUUUUGAUUGAUUUAUCUAUAAACACAUUAUUUCUAUAA